AGGUCGUCAAAAAGCAGUAUAAAGCCAGGUGUGUGCUCCCCCCCAAGACUGUUCUGUUCGCCUCCAUCACCACCGCCACCUCCUCACUUCUCCCAUUCGGCAGCAUUGAACCAGCUAAUCACCACCACCGCCUCGCCAACAUGCACUUCUCGGCGGCACUCCUGAGCCUCGCGACCACCGCGCUGGCCAUCGACAUCAGGGGUCAUGCCAAUAGCAACUGCGGGGGUGGCUUCAGGGCCUGCACAAACAUUAAUCCCAACGUGUGCUGCGUGUUCAGCACCUCCGCAAGCAGCGGACUUCUAAGCGUGUCCAUUGCGGCCAUCCCGACCAGCUGGCGCAUCACCGGCGAGGCCUACACCGGCGGCGGCUGCAGCUUCCUCGGGGGGCAGUGGGACUCGAACGGCACCCCGGACAUUUGCAUGCCCUUCUCGUCGCGUGGCGACCGCACGGGGGGCCGGUACUGGUUCCGGAGCCGCAAGCGCGCCGACGACCGGUCGUGCCCCGCCGAGCAGGCCGGUGUCGGCAAGUGUGAGGCUGCUGCCAAGCCCGACACGCUCGUGCUCGCCGACGGCACCAAGUACAGCAUCUCCGGUCUGGCGGAUGACAAGGUUGAGGAGAUGAGCAAGAUUGCCGACUCCGGUGCCGGUGCCGACGCGAUGCCGGCCGAGUUCCAGGUCCUCCGCCGCGAUGUCAAGGCCUGAGGCUCUGCAAAAGCUCCCUCGGGACCUAGAUCACCGCCUUCGCAACCCCCUAGCUCGUGGAGGGUCUUGUCGGGUCUGGGGGGUCCGGAUUGUAGCCAGCUUUCAUGGGGUUAAGAGGCGAAUAGCGCGGGUGAGGAAACUUGGAAGUUGCGGCAUUCUGCUCUGUGUGCGGCUGGACGUUAUUACCUUGGUCCCAUAGGAAAACCCUGCAGCCAAAGAAAAAAGACACAAGAAGUAAAUGCCACUAAAAACUGGCGGAGAACGCCCCAUGG